UCAGAUCCAUCAUUCGGUGUCUAAUCGUUGUGUAGUGAAACAACAGAGCACCUGGUCCGAAGCCGUUCUUCAGUCCUUCUCUCUGUUUUAGAAAGUGAUAUUAGAGUUUCAAAUCCAGCGAAAAUGCAACUCCUAUCCGGACUGGUCAAGACCACCCUGCCCAACUAUUUGGCUGGAUUGCCGAUUCCUGACAGCAUCGGUGGAUGGUUCCGGCUGGGAUUCACUGAUUGGCUUUCGCUGAUCCCACCUACUGCCGCCGUCGGAGGUUUGGUCUACAUGUCCUACCUAGCAUUCUGUCCGGAGGCUCGGCCAAAGCCAAGCACCAAGGUGAACCGUACCGUUCGCAUGUCCGAGCCUAAGGUGGUUGAUAUGGUCGACAUCGAAGACAUCGCCGAGAAGGCUGCCUUCUGCCGUUGCUGGAAGUCCAAGAAUUGGCCAUAUUGCGACGGAUCGCACGGUGCUCAUAACAAGGAAUGCGGCGAUAACCUCGGACCGGUGGUAGUUCAACGCAAGAAGAACUAAAGCCCUGGUGUUUCACUUGAUUCCGGUAAUUGAAUAGUGCUUUUUAUACGAAGAUAGUAAAUUACGUGCAUUAUACAAUAGCGCUAGGAGGUAUGCAUAGAAUCUAUAGGGAAAUCAAUUUAAAAAGGUAAGACACACAUCAUUCAUUACAACAUCAUCCGAUUUGAUUUCUUAAUUUUAACUGUCCUACUAUCAUAGUAACUACUUCAUUGAAAAUGGUGAUGGCAGACAAUAAAAUGCUGCAAAUAGAGAAUAGCAAGUAUCUUAUGUCUACAUUUUUGUUCUGUACUGUGGACUGUUUUUUUCCAAUAUUGAAAAAAUGCGUACUCCAUACUCAAAUUGGAACUUCAAAAUAAACUCAACUGCAUUGAACAGCAAGUUUCCUUAAGCUAAUACGUACUGAAAUUGAGAAUUUCGUUCAAAUUGAUUGUUAAUAUCGGUCUAUCUAGGAGAUGGUGCUAGACAUUAAACACACGUCAAAGAACUGCCGAAUGUUCUAAACAUUUUAUCGGUCUCUAAAUUUUAAAUCCAUAUUGUGUCUAAUAAAUUGAACAAGUUGAGUUAUAAAA